AUGGCGUUGAUGAAGACCAAAGACGUCACAAUCCACAGCGUGUUCCUCGUGUACAGGAAACUCUUGGAGCAUAUCGAAAGAUCAAAUCGCAAAUUGAAGAGAAAAACCACCCCCUGGAAGAAGGACAUGUAUGGCGCGUUGCUCGCUGCGAGGCAAAAACUGAAAGAGUAUUAUGAAAAGACCUACCGCGCCCACGGUUUCCUUUAUGGCACGGGAACAUCACUUGCUCCUCAAUAUAAGUUGAGUGCCUUUGAUGAUAGAGAGUACUCGACUUGCCAUGAGAAUACGUCAAAAAGGUAUUGUGAAUACUUGAGAGCGUGUUUCACACAGUACCAACAGCAAAACCCCGAGCUAUUAUUCCGGACAGUGCGGCGGACUUCCGCUCUCAAUAGUUCGGAGCUUGAUCGACUACUUGAGCCACUUGAUGCAUCCAUGCUGCACGAACGGGCGGAUUAUGACGAGGUAGACCAGUACCUCAGAGCAGCAAAUGUCCCCCUCCCGCCACGGAUUUAUUGGAAGGAGCACGAGCAUGAGUUCCCAAUUCUCUCUCGGCUUGCACGAGAUUUGCUUUCGGUUCCGGCCACCGGCGCAGGUGUAGAAAGGCUUUUCAAUAGUGCACGAGACAUUUGCCAUUAUCGUCGGGGAUCUCUGCAUGAAACGACAAUUCAAGACUUGAUGAUGUACAUGUGCUCAGAAAAACUCACGCUGGAGGAGCAGCAACUGACCCGCCUCGAGAAGCCGAUGGAGGGCGAAGGCCAAGAGGCACUUGAAGAGGAUGAAGCGCUGAAGGCAAUCGAAGAGGAUGCUGAGCCGAUCAGCGACGAUGAGGAAGUUGACGAGGGGGACGAUUUAGAGUUUAAUUCAGAGCUUCAGGAGCCAUACCGGGUAGACUGCGCGCUAGCAGAGACUGGCAGGAGUCCAAUAUGUAGCCAGACUUACAAUAUGGAACAUGAGGAGGACAGCGUGGAGGAAGAAGUUGACGAAGACGAAGAAAAUUCACUUCCACCUCCUAUCACGCAACUUGGUGGAAGAGAUCAGCGGAGAUCUUCUGGGAGAGUUACAAUGCCCUCCACUCGACUGCAGGGUUAUGAGAUCUACUAG